AUCGGCGAGCGGGAGAUGAGCGUACUAUCCGUGGCCAUGCUAUGCUAUGCUAUGCUAUCCGUAGCUAUGCGGUACGGACGGUACGGACGGAGCGGCGGCGGCGGCGUUCAGGCUUCAGGCGGAUCCCGUCAUCCCCAUGUGAGUCGUGACUGGCGACUGCCUGCCUGUCUGCCUGGCUGGUAUAUACCUAGGCGACCGACGGCUUCCAGAAGCUCGGGUGCGGCAGAUAGAUACCUACCUAGAGAGUGGGUGGGCUCGAGGCGGUGGGUGGGUGUGUACAGUGUGGGAUGUGGGAUGUGUGAUUUAGGAUGACGACGCCGGGAUCUCCGGGUGGAUAUGAGGGAUGUAUGGAGGGAUGAAGGAUGGAGGGAUGGCUGUAUGGAGGGAUGGAGGAGUGUAGGGUGGAGGUUCUCGGGUUCG